AUGCAUGCAUGCCUGCUCGUGCCUGUUGGCGGGCUGCGACCGUUGCUGGGCAAAGAGACGACCAGUCGGGCAGAAGACCAGUCGGAAUGGACUUUUUUCCGGCUCUCUGAGUUGCGGCAUUUUGCCAGUCCGUCGCUCAGCCAACCGGCUGCCUCCCGUCCGCCGCGUUUCUGCCCUCAGCCCAAAGGUACAGACGUGUUGUGGGCUCUGCUGAUGACUGGUUUUUUGCCUCCACAACACAACUUUCCACAAGGUUGCCACGUCUUGCCGAGACGUCGCGAUGCGACUUCAGCCAAAGUGAAUAGGAAAGCAGAGAAAAAAACACCAAAAGGCGCCCUCUUCUGGUCGCCCUGGUGA